UACAUACAUACACAUAUGCACACGGGCAUGAGCGUUUCAAAAUAAAAAUAUUGUUAAAGUAUAAAAUUCUAUAGAUUUCCAUAUAAUAUAGAAUAAGUAUGUGGGAUUUUUGUUAAAUUUUAGAUGCAGUGUUUUUAGUCAGUUUACGAACGCGCGCUGAGACCGGUGCAGUGAUUGAGGCGAGUGGUGAGUGGCGAAGGGUUAAUGAAAUUUUUUCUAUAAAAAAAAGUUGUAAAAAACGUGUGAAAUCACUUGCUUAAGCUAUUUUACACAUAUUUAAUUUUCACUUGUAAACUUGCAACAUAAAAUAAUUGCCGUCAUUUCGGAAAAGCGCGAAAUUUACCACAAGUGUGCGAAAAGUUUUAGGCUUCGUAAGUUGUUUUACCAUUUUUGUCUUGGCAAACCAUCAAAACUGCACAAUGGGCUUAGGUAAAACUACAACAAAGCAUUUGUUGUUGUUGCUAAAUUUCAUAUUUACGCUGCUUGGCAUUGUUGUAAUCGCAUUUGGCAUUUUCGUACUGGUUAGCGCGGCCAACAACAACAUCGAUCAUGGUGAGAAUUUAGCCGGUGGACUCAUAAUUACGCUGGGUAUUAUAAUUGUGGUGAUUUCAAUAUUCGGUUGCUUGGCGGCGAUACACGAGUCACGCAGGAAAUUGAUUGCUUACAUCAUCAGCUUAAUAGUGUUGAUACUUUUGCAACUCAUUUUGGCUGCGAUGGCCUCACAAGGCACCAAGGAUGGGCUGGCGGGCAGCGUGCACGACGGCUUCGAGGAGCUAUGGGAAUACGAGUUGAAAGAGCCUGGCUCUUUGGCCUACUACGAGAAUUGGUUGCACUGCUGUGGGGUCAACAACACCGACGACUAUCAUCGCAUCCAACACGAUAUACCGCGCACAUGUUGCAAGGACCGCAACUGCCAAAUCGUCGAUAACAUCUACAAGGAGGGCUGUCAGUCGAAGUUUGAGGAGUACCUGUCGGGCAAGAUGCUCAUGUUCGGUGUGGUCAGUUGGAUUUUGAUUAUUGGCGAGAUCAUUGGCGCCGUGUUGGCUUGGAUGUUGUACAGUAGUGUGAAAAACGAAAGCAGAAGAAAUCUACGAUGGAUGUAGUACAUUUCAGGAAUUUCAAAUCCAAUUUUUUGUUCAAUCGAGUGUAGUUUUUUAAAUCGUGUUUACCGCACAUAACGACUGUACCUAAUGUUAUUUUUUAUUGUUCAAAAUUAAAUUAAAUUAUUAUAUUACAACUAACUAGUCAAACGGUGAAAAUAAAGAUAUUUAAUUCCAAUUGGAACUUUUUUAUUUGCUGUGAAAAAAUAUACGUGCCGAUAAUAACAGGUUGUAAAGUUUUGUAAAUGACAAAGUGAUCCAUAGAGUAAUGCUACUUUAAAUUUAUAAAAAAAAAAAAUUUGUAAAUUAUAACAAUAAAAAAAUUUUCCAGCACAUCA